AUGUCUUCCAUGCCGCCACCCGACGUCGAGCACGCGAUACCCGGAACAAAAGAGCAGGACUUCGGCGGCGGUAACACCAGAGAGAUCCAACACGAUGUGCCCUUGAACCCAACAGUCAGUAACGCGCCCUCGUCCAUCGCACCUCCGCCGGCCCCCAAUGGCGGUCUUAAAGCCUGGUCUCAGCCACUCGCUGCUCACCUCGUCAUCAUCAAUUGCUGGGGCUACAUCUCCUCCUUCGGCUUUUUCCAGAGCUACUACACGAACGCUUUUCAGGUGGAGCCUUCGGCUAUCAGCUGGAUCGGCUCGGUGCAGAUUCUACUUAUUUACUUGGUGGGCACGUUCUCCGGCCGCGCUCUGGACGCGGGGUACUUCCGCGUGGUCGUGAGUGUGGGAUUUGCGCUGCAGGUACUUGGAGUGUUUGCCACAAGUGGAGCGACGGCGUACUGGCAGCUUUUCCUCGCACAGGGGAUCUGCAAGGGGUUGGGUGACGGCUUGGUGUUUUGUCCGACGGUGGCGUUGGUGGCUACAUACUUCACCACCAAGCGCAGCCUCGCCAUCGGCGUCAUGGCCUGUGGAGGCGCAACAGGCGGCAUCAUCUUCCCCGUCAUCGCACAACAACUCCUUCCACGCGUGGGCUUUGGCUGGACCGUCCGUACGAUGGGCUUCGUGAUCCUGUUUAAUGCACUCGUCUUCCUAUCCAUUGCUCGUCCGCGCUUGCCACCGCGCAAAGCAGGGCCGAUUGUCGAAUGGAGCGCAUUCAAGGAUCCUGCGUUUAGCCUGUUCUGCUGCGGCAUGUUUCUCGUGCUGUGGGCCGUGUUCUUCGCGUACUUCUACAUCAGCAGUUUCGGGCGCGAUAUCUUGCAUGUUGAUCCGAGUACAUCGCUCAACCUACUGCUGGUGCUGAACGCGAUCGGAGUUCCAGCGCGUAUCCUUUGCAAUCUCGUAGCUGACAAGCUUGGGCCUGUCAACACGCUCAUACCCGCUGUCUUUGCCGCCGGCAUUCUGAUCUUCGGCUGGAUAGGCAUUCAAGCUCUUCCCUCUUUGUAUGUUUUCUGCGUUAUCUACGGAUUCUUCGGCGGCGGUAUACAAUCGCUGUUCCCAGCGGCUUGCGCCAGUCUGACGACGGAUCUGAAGAAGAUGGGCGUGCGGACGGGCAUGUGUUUCUCAUUCGUGAGCGUGGCGUGUUUGACGGGCCCGCCUAUCGCUGGAGCGCUGAUUCAAAGGGAUGAUGGCGGGUAUCUGUAUGCGCAGAUCUUCGGGGGCGUGGCUUUAUUGGGUGGGACGUUGACGUUGAUGGCGGCGAAGUUCGUGAGGAGUAGAGAGGUUAUGGCGAGGAUAUAA